CUCGCAGUCUGCGAGCAAUUGAGUCCAAGCGAGGAGCGGCGAGUUCCCUGCCUUGAGCAGCCAAAUCUUGGCGAGACAAUCCCGGCCGGAGGGGGAAAGCGAGAGCGCACGGGGCGGCGAGGCAGGAGAGGAGCCCCCAGAUCCAGCCCGAAAGAGACAGGUCGGCCCCGCGCUCCCAGGCAGCCAAGCCCACAGCCCGUCCCUCCGACCCCAAGGCAGCUUGGCCGACAACUCCGCAAUGCAGCAGCAACAACAACAGCGCCGAAUGUUCACAGCUGCCCUCUUGGCGUUCAUUUUCAUUCUGGCAGCCAUGGGUACUACUGAGGCUGGCAAAAAAGAAAAACCAGAGAAAAAAGUGAAGAAGUCCGACUGUGGCGAGUGGCAGUGGAGCGUGUGUGUACCCACCAGUGGAGAUUGUGGCCUAGGGACCCGCGAGGGCACUCGCACUGGAGCCGAGUGCAAGCAAACUAUGAAGACCCAAAGGUGUAAGAUCCCCUGCAACUGGAAGAAGCAGUUUGGAGCGGAGUGUAAAUACCAGUUCCAGGCCUGGGGAGAAUGCGACCUGAAUACCGCCUUGAAGACUCGAACUGGGAACCUGAAGAGAGCCCUUCACAAUGCUGACUGCCAGAAAAUUGUCACCAUCUCAAAGCCCUGUGGGAAGCUUACCAAACCCAAACCUCAAGAACCCAAGAAGAAGAAAAAGGAAGGCAAGAAACAGGAGAAGAUGCUGGAUUAAUAGAAGCCAUGCUGGGCAGAAGGAGAAAGGGACAUCAGCAAAUGUGAUCAGUUAACAGUUUCAUUUACAUCUAGGCGAUUUACCCUAAAAUUAUUUAUAGCUUAAUUGUACAAUAGGAGGAAACACACACACACACACACACACACACACACAUUUUUUAAAAUGUUACUCUAGUAUUUUUUAAUGUAUAACCCUAACAACAUUUUAGAGGCCUGCAAUAAAGAACUGUAAUUUCAUUCAGAAAAUUAUUUCUACAGUAUAUUGAACAAUGUAGAGUAUUUUAAGGUAUUUUUCCCCUCAAGUCUUAUUUUAGGUGUCAAUCUGGACAAGUUACUCCAUGCAGGCAGAGCCUUGAGCCUGUGGAAGUCAGUGGGGCAGUGUGUGGGAGCAGGAGUCUGCCCACAUGCAGUAACGUGUAAGAUUCAGGCCUUAGGUCUGAAACA